AAGCAAACAAGACUAAAAAACAAGAAAUAAGAAAAUGUCUUUCGGCUAUGAAUAUCUAUUCUUUCUGUCAUUUCCCCUCCUGAUCAUAACAUUCGUUUGGUUUUUGUGGUCUGAAGGAAGUGCUGAUACUGUCGAUGUUGGUGUAGACGGACGCAUAGCGAACUCGAGUGAUGAUGUAAUAUUAGAAAUUGAGGAAUAUUCCGAUAGUGAAGAUGACAGUGAUGAAGUUCAUGAAGAAUUUUAUGUCGAAGACGAUGGCGUAUUUCUUAACGCCGCUAAUCCAGCAGAAUUUGAACUGCCCGAGUUGCAGUUCCAGCAGGGGCAAAAUGAAGGCCCUCUUCGGCUACAUAAAUUGACGCGGAGGCAGGGUUGUGUGCUGCCAAUUUUUCAUAAUCAUCAAGUUUUUGUUGGGGGCCAACUGAGUGCGAUUAUCUCCGCUGUGUUGCUCCAUAACUUUUUCAUCAAGCUGUAAUUCCAUACACAUGUUGUUUUUUCUCGAAUACUGAAUUUUUGAAAUUUUUAUCUGAAUAUUUGCCACUAAAUCUUUUACAGAGUUUUUAUGAGUUUUUAGUUAAAUUUUUUUAAAUAACUUAAAUUUUUAUCAAGAAUGUGUUAUACAUUAAAAAGUGGAAAUUAUUAUUAAAAAAUUUUUUGAAAAAAUGUGUAUUAUAAAAAAUAAUUUGAAAAAUAAGUUUAGUUUUCGAAAAAAAAUUCGGAACCAAAAUUUUUUAAAUUAAAUGAAAUUAUUUUGAAAGUUUGUUAUAUAUUUAAAAGCUUUGAUUUUUUUU